CUGGCCGCAGACACCAGCUUUUCCCUCAAGUCCAAGUGGAUAGAGAAGCUGACCUGCUCAUGGACUGCAUUAAAAGCCGGACCUUUUCCGGGUAAAUCCUGGAGAGAGAAGAGCUCAGAUCGGGGCGGCCCCACCCGGCAGCCAGCGUUGACCUGGGCCUCCCCACAGCUCGGCACCAUGGGCUCCUCCACCCUGGGGAAGGCGGCCUCUCUGGACGCCCUCUUGGAGGAGUGCGUUAGCGCUUUCGACGACGGCGGGGAGCUUCACGCCGACCGGCUCCCUCGGACCCUGCUCCUGAUGCACCGCUGGUACCUCAGCUCCUCCGAGCUGGCCGGAAAGCUGCUGACCACGUAUCGAGACUGCAGAGGAGACGGCGCCCAGAGGACCCGGCUAAAGAUCUGUUACCUGAUGAGGUACUGGAUAGUGACAUUUCCUGCCGAGUUCAACCUGGAUUUGGGACUGAUCAGGAUUACCGAGGAGUUCAGGGAGGUGGCGGCUCAGCUCGGCUGCGAGGAGCAUUUCAAGCUCAUCGACAUCUCCGCCAUCCCCUCCUACGACUGGAUGAGGCAGCUGACCCAGCGGAGGAAGCAGGUGAAGAAGGGCAAGGCCUCGCUGCUGUUCGACCACCUGGAGCCCAUGGAGCUGGCCGAGCACCUCACCUUCCUGGAGUUCAAGUCCAUCCGAAGGAUAUCGUUCACCGACUACCAGAGCUACGUGAUCCACGGCUGUCUGGUGGACAACCCCACUCUGGAGCGCUCCAUCGCCUUGUUCAACGGCGUCUCCCAGUGGGUCCAGCUGAUGGUGCUCAGCAAGCUCACUCCUCAGACCCGAGCAGAGGUCAUCUCCAAAUACAUCCACGUGGCUCAGAAACUGCUGCUCCUCCAGAACUUCAACACUCUGAUGGCGGUGGUGGGGGGGCUGAGCCACAGCGCCAUAUCCCGCCUGAAGGACACCCACGCCUACCUGGCCCCAGAGGUUGUGAAGAUGUGGAACGAGAUGACCGACCUGGUCUCCUCCAACAACAACUACUCCUGCUAUCGAAAGGCUUUCGGCGAGUGCCAGGGCUUUAAGAUCCCCAUCCUGGGCGUGCACCUGAAGGACCUGAUCGCGGUGCACGUGGUCUUCCCGGACUGGAUUGGUGACAGCAACGAGGUGAACAUGGUGAAGAUGCACCAGCUGUACGUGACGUUCAACGAGCUGGUGUCCCUGCAAAGCGCUGCUGCCCAGGUGGAGCCCAACAUGGACCUCAUCCACCUGCUGACGCUAUCCUUGGACCUCUAUUACUCAGAGGAUGAAAUCUAUGAGCUGUCCUUGCUGCGAGAACCACGUAACCCAAAAUCCCUUCCGACUUCUCCGACGACUCCCAACAAGCCCCUAGCCCCCCUGGACUGGGCCUCGGGGGUCACCACCAAACCGGACCCCUCUGUGGUCAACAAACACAUCCAGAAAGUGGUGGACUCUGUCUUCAGGAACUACGACCACGACCACGACGGCUACAUCUCCCAGGAGGACUUCGAGAGCGUGGCCGCAAACUUCCCCUUUCUGGACUCGUUCUGCGUGUUGGACAAAGACCAAGACGGGCUCAUCGGCAAGGACGAGAUGAUUGCCUAUUUUCUCCGGGCUAACCCGCUGCUCCAGUGUAAGAUGGGCCCGGGGUUCAGCCACAACUUCCAAGAGAUGACCUACCUGAAGCCCACCUUCUGCGAGCACUGCGCUGGAUUUCUUUGGGGAAUCAUCAAACAGGGCUACAAGUGCAAAGCUGACUUGAUCUUGACCGUGUGGGCCAGUAUGGCAGGACUAGAGGGCCCCUGUGCCACUGGGACCAGUAGGAUCUUCCCACCGGGGCGGUCUCUGGACUGUUUAAGGUCCCUCUUCACUACCUGGAGUUGCUCUGCUCGGUCCAGACCUCAGCAUGGACCUGCAUCCGCCUUCAGGCAGGAGCUCCGGGGGUAA